CGAGUGAGACAAUCAUCGGGCACUCUCAUUAUGCAUGCAAUUAUACAAGUUUGUGUUUCAUAUAUUUCCUUAUCGCCAGAGACAGCUGACAAAAUAACUGGCGACUAUCGACGACUAUGCAACUGGGCAGCUCCGGACUUGUCUUGAAGUCUUGAAGCUCUCUCUCUCUCUCUCAGUUGUUAGUCUUGAAUGCGAAUUCGGGUAGAGUAAACGUGUUUUAACGUGAUGGCAAUUAAAUUGAUGCCCGUAUUGCCCUUGGUACUGUACACAUUGCUGCUGUUGGUGCACAUCUCGUUACCACACCAGCUGCACGAUAUUUACACUUCACAUGCAGCAGAUGCCCAACAGUUAACAAUGGAGAAUCGCAAUCAGAGCGAGAAGUUGAGUCCAGCGGAAGGCUCUACACCGCUAAGGAAUGGGACAAGUCAAAAGCCUAUAAGUGAGAGAUCGAGUGAGCGACCCAUUGAGAAGCCCUCCAAUGAGAUAAAUGAGAAUUCCACUGCACCGACCGAAAUUAAAGAGAAAGAAGAAACAACUGAACAAACCAGGGAGAAGAUGAAAGAGCGCCCAGAAACAGACGAUCUCUUGAAAAAAGAUCCAAAGAUUGCCGAAAUUGGACCGCGCAUCACGCUCGACACGCUGCCUGUCUGUGGGGAUGGCUUUAAACUAUUUGGAGCUCAUUGUCGCAAGGAGGCUUAAAAAGCCGUCAAUAAACGAAAAAAACACGCAUGCGA